AAUCUCCACAUACUGAGAUCGAAAGUGCAUCGUCUCAAACUGCCGCUGUAAACUUCCUCCAGUUCGAACCCGAAAGCCCUAACCGUCCACUUUCCCGUAUGUAAUUAUCAACGACAACGGUCUCAUCUCCCCUCCGCCGUCGCCAUCUUCUUCUAAGAAUUUGAAUCUCGUAUCUUCGUUUUCUUUGUGUGCCAGUGGCCGUGAUAGAGACGGAGUUCAAAAUUGGGGCCAAAUAUGGAGGGAGGUGUUCGAGAUUUUGCUGUGGUGCCCGAGAAAGUGAUGGAUUCAGUGAAGAUGACAUUAGACAAUGUAGAGCAAGUCCAAACUCACCUUAUUUCCUUCUUGUCUAUCGCCGAGCCUGAAGUCCUUGCCCAAAUGCAGCCUCUCCAACGGGCUCAGUCUAUGCUUUUGCUUGCUAAAGUCACUACCACUCUCUUUGCAUUGAAGUUGAGGUGUAGCGGAGUUCUUCUUGAUGAUCAUCCUAUCAAAUCAGAGCUUGAGAGAUUAAGCUUGUAUCAAGACAAACUAGAACGGUUCAUUGGCCUGAGUAAAGCACCAUUGAAGCGUUCUACUACCUUGAACUAUCAAGCAGCCACUCGCUUUAUUGAGCAUUCUCUGCCUGAUCUCACCCAAGAGCAAAAGCUGAGUAUGAGGGAUAUUAGUAGGGGAAAGGGGCCAAAAAUGAAGCAAUUAGAGAGAAACGUACAAAAGAAGAGGAAGUAUCAGUCUAAUGAAAAACAAUCUGUUCAAACUGCUGCUAAGGAAUUUCUUGAGAAAGCAGCUCGUGAGCUUCUUGGUGAUAGUAAUGGAGGUUUGCAGGGUCCACUGUGUGGGGAUGCUUCAGAUGAUGGCCUGCAGGAGGACUGACUCCUGACCUUCACUUUGGAGUAUGAAAACCAGAUUCUCUUGUGCCCUUUUUUAUCCCAACUCUCGAAGAAGUGGUCCAUUUUGAAGUUGGAUUUGGAUCGUCUGUUUUUCCUUUUUCCCCUUCUAGUUUCUCUUAGGUCAUUAAUCGUUUUCCCUUUACUUUGUUUACAAGUCAUUAUAUAUAUAUAUAUAUGCAUUUGGAGUUUCAAUCCCAUCAUAAGUUACUAUUAGGACAGGAUCUGGUUGAGAUUUUGACACUCUACUCUUUCUCACGGGAUGGUCUUCCUGGUCUUUUGUUUUCUCCCCAUUUUGUUUUCUCAACAGGGUCAUAUGAACAAGACAUGAUCAUGAUCAAAGGAGUCUGUGCCUUUUACAUGCAAAGUAGCCUACUUUGGUAGCUGAGUUUCUAGUUUUUUUGGGUCUGUAUAAUCAGUUAUCAUCUUGUUACUUGGAUUAGCCUUUUUGUCAUAAAUUAAUAAUAGCAUGUUCGUUUCGAUGCCCCUAUCGAAGCAGGGACUUCGUGAGAGAUGUGGCUCGAAAAAUACCAGAA